GCACUUGUCUUCCACCGAGGAAAGCAACGACGACAGCUACGCCGUAUAUCACGUGACCUUGUCUGCUGCUGACUGAGUAGAGCGUGUUAGCGGUUAGCAGAUUUUUCUAUUUUGUACAUACAUUGUUUUGUAUAUACUGUAUAUGAUGACCUCGUUGGGUGGCGACAAAGCCCGGGGCACUCGGGAUAAAGUGCUGCCUGCUGCCACCCACACAACUCAACCACAGAAACAGCUCCAGGCGACCGCAGAGCAGAUCCGGCUCGCCCAGAUGAUCUAUGACAAGAAUGAUUCUGAUUUUGAGGACAAAGUGAACCAGCUGAUGGAGGUGACCGGAAAGAACCAGGACGAGUGCAUGGUAGCGCUCCACGACUGCAACGAGGAUGUCAACAGAGCCAUCAACUUCCUCCUUGAGAGCACCUCUGACACGACCUCAUGGGAGACAGUGGGGAAAAAGAAACCCCUAGCGAAGGACGGCCCUGCGGAGGGCAAGGAGAACCGGGAGAAGAGAGGAGAGAGGGAGGUCAGCAGGGGCCGCGGGGGAAGCAACCGGAGAGGCAGAGGGGCCAGCAAUCGCAGCCGCCAGGGGGAGAGAGUGCGGCCAGAGGAGAAUGGUGUGGAAGCGGUCCCUGUGGACAGAGGGUCAGAGCGAGGCCGCAGGGGGGGGAGAGGGGGUAGAGGUGAGUGUCAUUUAGUGGCACUUUCUCAUAUGUUCCAGUCAACACUCCCAGUCGGAUCUGGAGGCAGAGGAAGGGGCAGGGUGCCAGCGGGAAGCAGGUUCUCAGCCCAGGGAAUGGGGACCUUUAACCCAGCAGACUACACUGCAGAACAGAGGACAGGGACCACACAAGAUGACUCCUGGGAGUCAGGAGCCAUCAACAGCACAGACGGGACAGUGGCCUGGAGGAGUACUCUGGAGGACUGGGCUGCUGAGGACUGGAGCGAGGAUCUCUCUGAGACCAAAGUGUUCACUGCCUCAAGUGCACCGGUACCUCAGAACCACAUCACACCUGGGCAAAACCUGGACCAUGCGUCUAUGCUGCAGAAGCCAGUGGGAGGAGAAGAGGCCCCCUCCUCUCAGAGCCUGGUCUUCACAAACUCCCACCAUCACCCCGCCCGCAAUGGGUCGGCCAUCGGCACAGGCAGUACCAGCUACGCACAUGCCGCCCUGUCGUCAGUGCUGGGGGCAGGUUUUGGGGACCUGGGUCAGUCUAAGAGGAGUCAGUCCAGUCCAGGGGCCCAGAUCUUGGAGCAGCUGAAGGGCCCAGGCCUGGGUCCUCUCCCCUCCUCCCAGGCAGCCCCCCCCCCCAGCACACAGGGGACCAGCAGCACCUCUCUGGGGAGUAGACUCCCAGGGUUAGGAGUAGCACCCCCGGUCCUCCCUCCGCCUUCCACUUCCAGCUGGGACAUCAAGACCCCAGAGCCUAGCACCACCACCACCUCACUCACCUCCCACUUCAGCCGGGAGUUUAGGCUGCAGCCUGAGCCGUCCCUGGUGCUGAGCCAUCUAAUCCAGAGACACGGCACCCCCUCUCUGCCCCUGGCGCGCCAGUCCAGCCCCCCGCCAGCCCAAUCCCCCUCCCCCAGCCAGGGACCCCCCCUGGCCGCCAUCGGUGCCAAGCCUGCCCCCAGCGCAGGGCCGGACCCUCAGGGCAGCAGCUCGCUGCAGCAGCAGCACCGCGUUCCGCAGCUAAAGGCUCAGAAACGAAGGAUACCUCCCACCUCCAAGAUCCCAUCGUCGGCGGUGGAAAUGCCCGGCUCUGCCGACAUCCCUGGUCUCAACGUUCAGUUCGGAGCGCUGGACUUUGGCUCGGAGGCGGCUCUGCCGGACUUUGGCCCCGUGGAGACAUGUGUCAGCGUGGCCUCCAGGGCCCCCGCCCCACAGAGCCAGACCAACCUCUACUCCAAACCCCUCAGUGAAUCUAUGGGCACCCCUCUCUCCAUUCCCCUCCCUCUGUCCUCCUCUGAGCCCAUCUACCACUCCCCGUCGGUGGCCAUGCCCAGCCUCGCCCCCUCCGCUAUGGGUAUGGUCAGCUCCUCCACUCCCUCCUCCUCCAUUUCCUCCUCAGUGCCCUCUUCCUCCUCCACUUCUCCCUUCGUCUCACUGGGAAGCGGUUAUGACUGUGGGCCUGUGGCCCCUCACUCACGCCUGGCCUUCUCCCAGAGCAAAGAGGCCCCCGGACCAAUCAUGAACGGUCUGAAUGGUGUGAGGACAUCUGCGAUGGACACUUCAUCAGCCUCCUCCACGCCAAAGCCAGAGUCUCCCUCUCCAAGCAUCAGUACCAGCAGUGCUCCUGCCCCCUCUGCCCUCAUGCCCUCCUCCAUACCCCCCCACAGCUCAGCAAUUCCCAGUCUGCCACACGACAUGCCCUCUGCCAGCUUGGCAACACUGAGCAGUCAUGGCAGCAGUAGUCAUUCCUCAGUGCUUGGCUCCAGCUCUCUCACUUACACCAGUGUGGACAGUAGUGUGAGCUCUCCGGCGCCCUCGUCUGGCUCCUACUCAACUGGCCAGGCCCCGGCCCAGUCACUGCACCAGGCCCAGUCGCUGCACCAGGCCCAGUCGCUGCACCAAGCCCAGUCGCUGCACCAGGCCCAGGCUCAGUCGCUGCACCAGGCUCAGUCGCUGCACCAGGCCCCGGUCCAGUCACUGCACCAGGUCAACAGCAGCAUGGCUCACAUCAUGGGCACCAUGAGCCACAUGAACAGUAUGGUCAGUAGCAUGGGUGGCACCAGCGGGCUACACGCCAGCCAAGCACUGGGGCUCAGCGCCAACGGAACCACAGCCCAAUCAAACCUCUCCUCGGCCCCCAGGACCGCACCGCUGCUCUCCUCUUCAACUGGUAAAGCUCAUCCUAACCUGUCCCAGGGAGGGCCCCCACUACUGCCCAACCAGUACAUCAUGGGCCCAGGAGGCCUGCUGCCAGCCUACCCGCAGAUUUAUGGCUAUGAGGACCUCCACAUGCUACAGUCCAGACUGCCUAUGCCCUCUUUGCAGGAUUAUUACGGAAUCACAUUCCCUGGCCCCACAGCACUCUCUGGCAGAGAUGGGAGCCUCGCCAAUAACCCUUACUCAGGUGAAGUCACGAAGUUUGGCAGGGGUGACUCCACCUCCCCUGCACCCCCCAGCAGCUUGUCAGCCCAACAGCAGCCACAACAAGGCCAGACCCAGGCCCAGCCUCAACCUCCCCAGCCUCAAGGCCAGCCCCAGCCUCAGGGCCACCACAGCAGCCAGCAGCAGCAGGCCUUCCUCCCGCCGGGCUACAGCUACACGGGCCUGCCCUACUAUCCCGGGAUGCCCGGCGCUGCCUUCCAGUAUGGCCACACCAUGUUCAUGCCCCAGGGACAAGGGCCAGCCAAACAGCACGGUGUGGGUCUGGGUAACCCCUCAGCAAGCCCCUUCCAGCAGCAGCCCAGCGGCUACGGCCAGCACACUUUCAGCUCAGGGUAUGAGGACCUGACCCAGGGCCAAGCAGGAGUGGACUACAGCAAAGGCUACAGCAACUCAUCCCAGAGCCAGGCCAAAUCUGCUGCUACAGGUGCUGGUAAAGGUGGCAUUUCUGUGACGUCAGGCAACACCGGGAUCCCAGAAAUCAGUGGCAGUGUUUACAACAAGACCCAGUCCUUUGAUAAGCAGGGUUUCCAUACUGGGACUCCCCCUCCCUUCAACCUGCCCUCAGCUCUGGGGGGUCCUGGAGGGGCCCCGGGGGGCUAUGCUCCUGCCCCCUUCCUCCACAUCCUGCAGCCUGCCCACCAGCAACCCCACUCCCAGAUGCUGCACCAUCACCUGGCUCAGGACGGACAGGGAGGUCCUAGCCAGCGAGGCCAGUCUAGCAGCAUCCAGCAGAAGAGCCAGGUCAACAAGUCCAGCUACGGCAGCUCCCCAUACUGGGGCAACUGACAGGGCUGUGUGUCUGAGUGUAUAUACUGCAGCGUGCCCACCUAUCUUGACUGAUCAGACCAUCGAAGGACAAACCAUUUUACAGCACCGAGCUAAAACACACUACCACCCAUCCCCCCUACUCAAUAUUCCCCUUUUCAAAUUUAUGGCUGUUGUAUGUAAAAUAUAUUUAUGUAUGUAUUUAUACAGUAUAUAUGUAUUGGUAGGACAUGAAAUGUGGUUUUCUGCAUUUGUUUUAUUUUUUUGAAGGAUGUUUUGUUUUAUUUCAAAAUGUCAGGAAGAUGAGCAUCAAAGAUCAUGAGAAGUAAUUAUGAAGUUGAUGGUGAAUAUACUUGAACCAGAACAAGCAUCAUGUGGCGUGGACGAUUUUUGUAUGCAUACAUGACCCUGAUGUACAUUACUGCUAAGCAUCAUUUUUCAUGGUGAAGCCUUUUUUUAAAAGCUUUUUAUUUUAUUUUUUUGUAACUUCGGUCUCUCCCAUCUGAGCUCUUUUCUAUUGAGGGUGACUUAAGUUGAUAGCUUGAGUUUUUUUAUUUUUGGCCCUUUAUCCCACCAUUUGAUUCCCACUUUUAGUUGGCUGACGUGUGACAGCCAGGCAUUGGAUGUCAAUAACAUUGGUUUAAUCUUCAUUGUCCAACAAAUAAAAGUUCUGAACAGUUA